AUGUACUGGUUUAAAUUAUUCCUGUUUUACUUGUUCCUGGUGAUAACUGCUUCCGAAUGCAAUGAAAUCGAAUUAAAGCUGCCGGAAAAAACCGAUAUAAGUAAAAAUUUUUGCAAAAAUGCAGGCAACGGCAACAAGAAAUUGAUUUUCAUGAGCAACAUUUCUUCUGAGACAGCAAUUUUGUUUUUCUAUGACGCGAACUCGUGGGAUGGUGUAACAUCUGACGAGCUCUUCGUCCUUGCUGAUGAGAAUUGUAAUCCUGAUAGGAUCUGUUCGCUUCUAAGAUUCAUGCGUAGAUUACACACACAGUUCUUUAAAUUAAUUAUGAGUUCCACUCUUAUUUUUUUUCUUCUCCGAAGCGUAUUAGCACGAAGUUGCUACAGCAAUUAA